ACUCCAGCACGACAUCCGAAACAUCCUACACAUCCCAAACACCCCCGACAACAACCAUGGAAUUCACAAAUACCCCCCUCUACGGCGGCGCUAUAACUGUCGACCUCCCCUCCAGCUUUGCCGACGCAUCACAAAUCCGCCAAAUCCCCGAUAACCAAGAAGUCUACCUCGACAACAGCGGAUACUCAUCUAUAGUAGUUGAGAUCCUGGAAUACGUGGACAAAUCCAGUGAUGAAGAGGCGUUGCAGUACCAUUUUGCCGAUUUGGUAGAUGGAACGGAUGAUGCAACGACGGUGGUUGAGCAAGUUGGUGCGAGCAUGAAGAGUUUGCCAUCAACCCCCCUCUUAACCCUCUCUUUUGUGCAAACUCCUCCAUCAAUCAACCCCCAUCCUAACCGCAAAACCCCGGAAUACACAUUUAUCCACCUCCUUCUUCUUCGUCUCAAAGAGCAGGAGACAGAUAUCUUGAUUACCAUCAAUGUGCCCCAUUAUCCCGGUGAAUACGAGAAGCCUGCUAUGGGACAGCAAGAGACGGAGCUGAUGAGGAGUAGUAAGCUGGUCAGGGAGAAGGUCUUGGAGACGUUUGAGGUCAAGGAGUGGGGCUUGUUUGAGGGAUGAUGGGGAUUGUGAGGGACUGAAGUGGAUCAGGGCAAGGGAAGAUGUAAAUUUGAGAAUUAGAGGGAUGAGUAUGUGUCAAGACUUGGAUAGCAAUAACCAACAUGAAUGUCUCGUAACAGUAACAUAUACAUGCUACUACUAGAGGCGUGUUCA